UUUUUUUUCUCUUUGCAACAACGAUACUUUUUGACUGACAAGUUCUGCGAAAUAGACAUCAUGUCUCCCCCAUCAAGAAGGCUUCAAACGAAGCCUGUGAUUACAUGUCUCAAGACCUUUCUUAUUUCUUACAGUCUCAUAUUUUGGGUAAGUAUUUACAUGUAACUAACGGAUGCAAGCAAGCUACCGUAACAAUGGGCUAAGUUAGCGGCGAUGCCAACAGGCAACAUAUCCAACCAUUUGGCAUUUACAAAGGAAUAACGUUAGGCUACGGCUGACAGAAAGGACUCUAAUGAUUUUAAAAUAGAACAUCUCAUCAAAAAUAAUUUCCCCGUGAUAUAGCACGACAACACUGGUAUAAAAUAAUCACAUUUUUUUAUAUUUACCGACGCCUCGAACUAAUUCACAUUAUUAAUUUGCAAACGCUGUCUGUAAAAGUUGUGCCGCUACCACAGUUAGUUAUUAUGUUGCAAUAAGCUUUCCUCCGAGAGCGACAAACAAGGCGAUAUUUUUCUGUUGAGUAUUGCAGCCCGCGAGCAGAGGUUACAUUUGGAUUGUUGACGUUGAUUGCGGGGCUCAUGUAACUGUGUUUUUCCACCCAGCUAGGGCUCGUGUAGCCCUUGAUCAUGACUCUCAGUUCCAUUACAUUACACAUACGUUGGAGGAAGGCGUCUUCUGUACGGGGGAGUUUUGUUGAGAGCCCAGACGCUCGGUCUGAACAUUAACACGUGUCGCUUGUGGUACGGUUUGGGAAGCAUAUAGACCUCAUCUUUCAUAUCCGCAAGAAAUCAUUUUCAAGAAAAAAAACCGUUAAAUUGAAACACACAUUUAUAGGUUAAAGGUUAGUGUUCCCACAUGGCCAUAUCUCCAUGUUACAACUCCCGUUUACAGAAGACAGAGGGACCACCUGUGCUAAUUAGCUACUGUAUCUAGCAUGAGCCGAACAUCUGUGUAAUGGAAGAAAGCCACCAGAAACGUGUCAUCACCUGAAAAAUACUCUCAGCAGCAACUGUGAUGAAGUCGGUUAAAAUUGGUCAACACUACGUUUAUAUUUUGCAUUUGCGAAAUUAUUUUGAGGUGAUAUGAAAGUAAAGGGCUUUAUGUUUCUAGAACCUUAUCGCAAUUGAGAAUCGAUUCACGUUCAGAUGGAGUUUUUGGCUGCCAGAGCCAGUCUACCUCUGAAAAUAACAUGUAAGGGCCUUGGACCUUAAGGAGUAACAGCGGGCUCCUUUAGAGUACAUCUUGGGCUAGGGCUUGAGCUGACAUUCUUAGGCAAAUUGGCAGAUGUUGUAAACAGCUUUUCGAAAUGGUUGUUGACUGAGAAACAACCUCAGGCAUUCUUCCUAAAUAAUUAUUAUGAGCAUAAACAUCUAUUUAACUGUACUUUUAGGUGAACAUCUUUUUCUUUGUUUUUGCCAAGUUGACAUUAAAGACCGUUAGCCAGCUUUUAUUUUUCUAACAGCUUUCUUGAUAAAUCUAGUGAAAAUUUGAUUUCUCAAUGCUGUUUCUUCAGUUUCCAUUAUUCUGUCUACGCCAUUAAUCAAACGUGGCUUUUUUUCUGGGUUCAAAGUUCAUGAUAACACAUUUAUCUAUCUAGCUAUAUAGAAGGUGAUGUGUAUCAUUCAUGGCCCGAUGGACUGAUGACAGCACUCUGUGACGAAUGACUCUGGUAGACGGAAGGGCAAUACAUUUACAAGGGAAGAUGCUGAGCUCACUGAUGUGAGACGUUGGGCAAUUGGUUGUGGGGGAGAUGUUUAAGUUCCAUGUUGACUUUGCCUUCCAUGUGAGAAAAAUCAGUUGUAGGCCACUUAUACCAACCUCAAAGCUUUUUCAGCUUUGUAAAGACUCCCGACAACAGUCACACUGAGCUGAAUAAAAUUGUUAGGUGCUCAAGGUGUAUAAUUAGGAGGGCUGUUUUUGCACCUUAAGUCUUGAGUUUGUGUCAAAGAACUAGGCCAAACCUCUUAAACAUCCCCUUAGGGACCUGAGAGUGCAUUCGGAAAGUAUUCAGACCCCUUCCCUUUUUCCACAUUUUGUUACGUUACAGCCUUAUUCUAAAAUUGAUUAAAUUAUUUUUUCCCCUCAUCAAGCCACACACAAUACCCCAUAAUGACAAAGCAAAAACAGGUUUUUAGAAUUUUUAGCAAAUGUAUUAAAAGUUACAAAAACAGAAGUACCUUAUUUACAUAAGUAUUCAGACCCUUUGCUAUGAGACUCAAAAUUGAGCUCAGGUGCAUCCUGUUUCCAUUGAUCAUUCUUGAGAUGUUUCUACAACUUGAUUGGAAUCCACCUGUGGUAAAUUCAAUUGAUUGGACAUGAUUUGGAAAGGCACACACCUGUCUAUAUACGGUCCCACAGUUAACGGGGCAUGUCAGAGCAAAAACUAAGCCAUGAGGUCGAAGGAAUUGUCCGUAGAGCUCCGAGACAGGAUUGUGUCGAGGCACAGAUCUGGGGAAGGGUACCAAAACAUUUCUGCAGCAUUGAAGGUCCCCAAGAACACAGUGGCCUCCACCAUUUUUUUUCUUACCCCCUUUUUCUCCGUAAUUUCGAUCUUGUUUCAUCACUGCAACUCCCCAGUGGGCUCGGGAGGCAAAGGUCGAGUCAUGCGUCCUCCGAAACGUGACCCGCCAUACCAUGCUUCUUAACACCCGCCCGCUUAACCCGGAAGCCAGCCGCACCAAUGUGUCGGAGGAAAGACCGUUCAACUGACGACUGAGGUCAGCCUGCAGGUGCCCGGCCCGCCACAGGGAAUCGCUAGAGCGCGAUGAGCCAAGUAAAGCCCCCCCGGGUCUGUAGUGACGCCUUAGACCGCUGCGUCACUCAGGAGGCCCAUGGCCUCCAUCAUUCUUAAAUGGAAGAAGUUUGGAACCACCAAGACUCUUCCUAGAGCUGGCCGCCUGGCCAAACUGAGCAAUCGUGGGAGAAGGGCCUUGGUCAGGGAGGUGACCAAGAACCCGAUGGUCACUCUGACAGAGCUCCAGAGUUCCUUUGUGGAGAUGGGUGAACCUUCUAGAAGGACAACCAUCUCUGCAGCACUCCACCAAUCAGACAUUUAUGGUAGAGUGGCCAGACAGAAGCCACUCCUCAGUAAAAGGCACAUGACUGCCCGCUUGGAGUUUGCUAAAAGGCACCUAAAGAUUCUCAGACCAUGAGAAACAAGAUUCUGGGGUCUGAUGAAACCAAGAUUGAACUCUGGCCUGAAUGCCAAGCGACACAUCUGGAGGACAUCAGGCACCAUCACUAUGGUGAAGCAUGGUGGUGGUGGCAGCAUCAUGCUGUGGGGAUGUUUUUCAGCGGCAGGGACUCUGAGACUAGUCAGGAUCGAGGGAAAGAUGAACGGAGCAAAGUACAGAGAAAUCCUUGAUGAAAAUCUGCUCCAGAGUGCUCAAGACCUCAGGUUCACCUUCCAACAGGACAACGACACUAAGCACACAGCCAAGACAACGCAGGAGUGGCUUCGAGACAAGUCUCUGAAUGUCCUUGAGUGGCCCAGCCAGAGCCCAGACUUGAACCAGAUCUAACAUCUCUGGAGAGACCUGAAAAUAGCUGUGCAGCGACGCUCCCCAUCCAACCUGACAGAGCUUGAGAGGAUCUGCAGAGAAGAAUGGGAGAAAGUCCCCAAAUACAGGUGUGCCAAGCUUGUAGCGUCAUACCCAAGAAGUCUUGAGGCUGUAAUCGCUGCCAAAGGUGCUUCAACAAAGUAAAGGGUCUGAAUGCUUAUGUAAAUGUGAUAUUACAGUUGUACAAUUUUAAUACGUUUGUAAAAAUUUCUAAACCUGUUUUUGCUUUGUCAUUAUGGGGUAUUGUGUGUGCACUCUAUCAUAUAUGCCAUUUAGCAGAUGCUUUUAUCCAAAGCCACUUAGUCAUGCGUGCAUACAUUUUACAUAUGGGUGGUCCCAGGAAUUGAACCCACUACCAUUUUGUUAUAAGAGCCAUGCUCUACCAACUGAGCUACAAAGGACCAGCUGAAUGUCUGCGCUUUCUUUCAGUUUACAGGGGUUAUCCUUCUGGCUGUUGGAGUAUGGGGGAAAGUGAGCCUGGAAGCUUAUUUCCAACUGGCCUCUGACAAUAGCACCAACGCGCCAUUUGUCCUCAUCGGGACUGGCGCCAUCAUCGUCAUUUUUGGCCUGUUUGGUUGCUUCGCUACAUGCCGCGGUAGCCCAUGGAUGCUAAAACUGGUCAGUUGCACUGUGAAGGGUUACAUUUUGUAUUUGCACAUUUUCCUCAAAUGUUUCUAGUCUUUGCUUGAAUGUAAAUUGAUGAGUUUGUUUUGUUCCCCUCUCAGUAUGCCAUGUUCCUGAUUCUGGUGUUCUUAGCCGAGUUUGUGGCUGGCAUCUCUGGCUUCUUAUUCAGACAUGAGGUGAGAUAUUUUUAAUGAGAAGUGUUUCCACAUCCAACAAGUUACCAGGUGCUGGGAUACAAAAACCUGUGUGCGCUGAGGUAUACUCCCAUAUAGAUUAUUGCAAUGUUUCUGACUAGAAGGACUACGAAGACCUUCUGGUCGAAAUGUUGCAAUAAACUAUAUGGGAGUAGACAUCAAUGUGUGGGUACUUUAUGAGGUGACUUGCAAUACACUUGCCAUUACUAUAGGAUUCAGUUGGCCACAAAUCAAACCCAAUUCCUUUUGUUUAUUGCAGAUAAAGGCUGUAUUAGGUGAUGCCUAUAAAGACGCUGUGACAAACUACAAUACCACAGACUCCAAAAGCUCUGCAGUUGACACCAUCCAGAGGACUGUAAGUGGUAUUAUGUUAUUCAAUGCGUAGCCUCAUUCUAUCUGGUUCCUUUGCAAAGACCACAAAACAUUCUGUUUAUAGAAGUGGCUUUUAACAUCAUUUUAUCAGAGACCCUGCAGAAGUGUUGCUAUAAAUAACUUCUACAGUACAGAUGGUCACGACCUGCCAUCUUUUUUUGUUGUUGAGUUGCAUAGAUCUUGUUGGUAUACGAUUGUAUUAGGUUAUGGUCUUUAUUUUACAUUAUUAAAUAACUUAUUGAUGUACAAUAGAACCACCUUUUAACAUUAUUUGAUUUGCCCACUUGGCUAAGUCAACCAUAGAAUUAGGAAUUAGAAGUCAACAUUGUUAUUUCCUCUUGAUAAUUAGUAAAUUUGUGUUUUGUGCAGUUGCACUGCUGUGGAGUGGAUAGUUACAAGGACUGGAACACGACAAAGUACUUCAAAGACAAUGGCAUCCCUGUCAGCUGUUGCAAAGAGAAUUCGGUCUGCUCUGUCGAGAACCUCAAGGACCUUGACAAGGCUCGUGACGUGGUGUAUGACACGGUGAGAGCACUGCCGCAUAUCAUUAUCAAUUAUAUCACACAGAAUUAUGUCAGAGCUUUCUGUCUCUGGUUAGCUAAGUUCAGACCCUGCUUUGAGUCAUAGUUUGUAAGUAUUUUAGAUCAAGUGUUUGCCAAUCAGUAGGCGUAAUGAACAGCUAUAACCUUAAGGAACCAUAUUAAAAAGUUUAUUUUCCUUCUGCUUAACAUGUUUUAGGGCUGCUUCUCACUAGUGACCAUUUUGAUGGAGUCUAACCUGGGAAUCAUUGCAGGGAUAUCUUUCGGAAUUGCAUUCUUCCAGGUACAUCAGUUGACAGGCUGCUUACAGUAGGCAUAAUCCCUAGGGGGGAAAAAGAUACAAUAAUGUUAUUACCAGUAACAUGGAUCUUGAAAUGUUGUGCAAUCAUCAAGAAAAUGCUAGAUGUAACCUUUUUGUCAAUUUUUUUGUUCACAUCCUAAUUGAAACUCUGUUUAACUUUCUGCCUAGCUCAUUGGGGUUUUCUUGUCCUGCUGCUUGUCUCGAUACAUCACCAACAACCAGUAUGAGAUGGUCUAGCAGUGUCCUUCCACAGGUAGUACCCUAUAUGGACUAGUGGUGUGGGAUCCCAUCCCAUGCCUCAUUGUUUUCGCAUAGAAAGUCAUGUCUUAGGAGUGCUCAAAAUGUUGAUUCCUGUGUAGCUCAGUUGUUAGAGCGUGGCAAGCGCCAGGGUUAUGGGUUCGAUUCCCAUGGGGAACCAGUAUGAAAAAAGUAUUUAAAUGUAUGCACUCACUACUGUAAGUUUGGAUAAUAGCAUCUGCUAAAUGACUCAAAUGUAAAUGUAAAAAUGUAUAUGAUUACAUUGUCAUACAGGACAUGACACUGGAACCCCUGUACUUGGUUUGGUCACUUAAGUUUCUUUGUAUCAACUUCUUGAUUCUGCCACUACUGAAGAGAGCAUUUUCAUGAAAUGAAAUGCCCACUUCGGCACAUCAGAUAUGGUAUUCAUUACCUAGGAAGGUGAUCAUGUAAAUUCAAACACCAUGUGGAAAUGUAGUACAGUGUAUCAAUAUUAUGCUCAACAGUUGAGUAAGACCAGUGGCUGAAAUCCCCAACCUGAUGUAACAUUGAUUAUUGAUGCACCAUAAAAGUCAUGGAAAUGUUCAUGACUACAACCCAUCUAACAACAUGUCAUUUGUCUUUUUUCUUUGCAGGUCACUGAUGGGCAGCUCAUGAUGCAAAGGGAACUUGCAUAUUUUUAAUCCUUCGUAUACGUGUAAUGGUUAUCUAUGUCAUUUUAGAAUAACCUCUUGCUGAUAUAAAAACAAAAAAACAGACUUUCACUUUUCAAUGGCAAACAGACUGAAGGAAAAAAGUUAUUGGACACCAUAAGGGAUCUAUUUCUGCAAUUCUGUCAUCAAUGGGAUA